UCUCUGGGGAGCGGACCCUCUGAGCAGACACGCUUCCCCCCCAACCCCCAGAGGGCGCUGUGCGCCCCUCUGCCGCACUGCCGGCGGCGUCCCGGGGGAGGAGCCUCUCCUGCAGCCGCCACCGCCUCCGCGAUUGCAAACCCGGAAGAAGCCUCUGGCAGCUGGACUGUGCAGGCCGGCCCAGCACGGCCAUGCAGCCCUUUGAGGUAGGUCUGGUUCCAGCUCCAGCGAGGGAGCCGAGAUUGACUCGCUGGCUACGGAGAGGCAGUGGGAUCUUGGCGCACCUGGUAGCUUUGGGCUUCACCAUCUUUCUGAUUGCACUGUCCCGGCCAGGAACCAGUCUUUUCUCCUGGCACCCUGUAUUCAUGGCCUUGGCGGCCUGGAUCUGGCUCCACUGGGCAGAGCAGACCCUAGCCAUCCUCUGCGCUGCCCUGGGCCUGGGCUUCAUCAUCUCCAGCAAGAUCCGCAGUGAGCUGCCCCAUCUGGUAUCCUGGCACAGCUGGGUAGGAGCGCUGACGCUGUUUGCCACUGGCGGCCAGGCACUAUGUGGGCUCUGCCUACUUUUUCCCCGGGCAGCCAGGGUCUCCAGGGUGGCUCGCCUCAAGCUCUACCAUUUGACAUGUGGACUGGUGGUCUACCUUAUGGCUACAGUUACAGUGCUCCUGGGCAUGUACUCAGUGUGGUUCCAGGCCCAGAUCAAAGGUGCAGCCUGGUACCUGUGCCUGGCACUGUCCCUCUACCCAGCCCUGGUGAUCAUGCACCAGAUCUCCAGCUCCUACUUGCCAAGGAAGAAAAUGGAAAUGUGAGUGCCUCCGGACUCUGAAUUUGGUUGGAAUACUUGCCUUGGAUUUCAGUCAUUCCUUGGUGACCUUCAAAGGACCCCCUUCAGAAGUGGUUGAGGUUUUACACUUCAUGACUGGGCCAGGGCUGCAGAAACCCAAGUGGCUGCUAUUGAGGGAUGACUCAGUGAGCCAAAAUGGGGACGUGUACUGGAUGCAAGUGGAAAGUGAUGGAGAACUUGAGCCUGAAGCCUUCACUCUUGAUGGGAAACAGAAGAUUAGGUGGUGGCGGUGGUGGUGGUGGUGAUUUCUUGCUUGUGUGCCUGAUGAAGAGUUGGGUUCCUGUAAGUUAUGAAUGGUAGCCAUGGAUAUUUAGGCUUCUUUUAAGAAAGCAAUGUGAUGUAGUGAAGAGAGCCCAUGGGUCUUGGUUAUUGUCCUCUUUGGCUCUGUUGUACACCCUUAGGUAAGUUCCAUAUCUCAGGACCUCAUCUAUGAAGUGAAUGUUUCUGAACAAACUGUAAGUUUCUUUCAUCUCUUUAUAUUUAGUGUCUGUCAGGUUGAUGUCACUGGACCCCCUCCCAGCUCUGGACCAUGUGGACCACUUAGCAGACUCAGGAUAUAAUUCUUACAUUAAUUCUCCCUUUACUCUCCUGAAGGGGCAGGUCAGCCCUUGUAGCCCUUCAGAAAUCUAUGCUGAUUUGUCCCCUGGAUCAGGGAACAGAGGUCGGGCACUGUAGUGAGAAGGGGCCUGAGUGAGGACUCCAAAAUGGCAAAGGCACUAGAGUCACUUUAAAGUUUUUGGAGUAGCAGAAGUGCAUUGGCUUAACCAUGCCUAGUUGGGCACCUUAGCUCAGCUGAGAACUUCCUUCAGCCCACCUCAGGAUCUAGCCUGCAAAACCUGGGUGUACUCCUUCCCCUGACAUCUACUCUCAGGGCAAAGUAAUCCUUAGCAUCUUGUGUUCCUAAGACUCAGGGUUUUGCCUUAGCACAUAGCUUCUAAAACAAAAUAAGGGCCAAGGAAAUGUGAUCUGAGGAAAAUGAAGUCUUACUGGUUUCACUUCUCCCCUUGUCAGUCAUCUAAGUUUUCUUUAAUUGUCUUUGGCCCAAAAGGGGGCUGAAUUUGGUGUCAGUUGGGCUAGACUCUCUUCCCUGUAGAGACCCCUCCUUGUUCCUUUUGCAUGUUGUUCCCCAGGCCGCCCUUGGUGGUAAGGGCUAAAUGCCAGACUAUUUAGCUGUGGUCUGGCUCAGUCAGAGAUGGGACCUCCCUAGAUUAUGGCAAGAAUGGAAUACAGCUGAGCCAGGAAAGCUGCUAUGCAACCUAUUAUGCAGGAAGAUACAGCCCACAGGAAACUGGUUGGCCUGAGUUAUAGGGACUGAAUCUUCAAUUUCCAGGACCAGGGAGAGGCCUGGUCCUUGAUGUCAGUAUCUUGGAUGCUCCAACCUCCUAUCCAGGUGGCUCAGAAACAAGAAGCUGGUAUGAUUCAAUAGCAAAGGAAUGGUGACUGCAAGGGCAAAAGUCUCCUCUCAGUGGUCUUCACUAUACUUCUCCUGGGUGAGAUGGCAUCUCCUAGGAGAUCUCUAGACACUGAGCAUCUAAGAGAGGCCCAUGCUGUACAAAGGGUGAUUUGUCCUGUCUCUUGGAUUACCCUCUUUCCUCUCUUAAACUAUUCAACAUGAUAUGAACUUGGAAGAAAUCCUGGGCUGUAUGAAAUGAGAUUCUCAACUAGGGUCCUUUUGAUCCAGGGAUUCUUUUUUCUUUAUCAUGACCAGUGCUGAGGGCCCCACCCUAUCUAUGGGAGGGCCAGGUAAGGUUCACCAGUUUGCUCUGAGAGCAAGCAGGCAAAGCUGGAAAGCCCAAUCCUGCUUGAGGUGUUGCCUCCUCCCAGGUGGUGCGGGGGCUGGUGGGCGGGCGGGCAGGCGUGCUGACAGCCGGCAGUUUGCGUGGGCUGUGCCAUCUGAUGUCUAUUCCCAGCCCUGGGAGGAAAGGAGUCAUAUAUAUUCUGCAGAAGGACAGGACCCAGCUGUUGUCUCUCUGACCAGUGGGCCUGGAGGGCAGGGGCAGGGCAAAGAAGAUGAGGACACAGGUCAUUUCCUCCUGCUUAACUGGUCUGACUACAGUAUAGGGAAAAGGUCACCAGGAGGAGUCCUUCUUUCUGUCAGGCUAGACUGAAGCGGGGGGACUUCCCUCCCAUCUUCCCAUUUCUCCCUUCAUUACCACCUGCCCUCACAUCCUGGGGCAGCAGCUGGACAGCCAUGAGAACUCAGUGCCAGGGCACUUGACGUCCAGCUGGGAUCUCAGUGGCUGCCGGCUGCCUGUGUCUCCUGGCAGUGUGCUCCCUCCUCCCUGCACCCUCUGUUCCCCUGCCUUUCUGUAUCUGCUCUUGUCUGGGGCACUAGCUGUGCUCCUCAGCAGCAGGCAGAGGGCUCAGGGGACAAGCAAAUGGCUGCCCUUUUGCCCUUGUUCCUUGACUAGGGAAAGCUGCUAGUAGUCAGCCUAUUUUGCUUUUUUAAAAAAAAGCCAGGGUGCUCAGAUUAAAAUUUUUUAAAUUGUCAUUUGCACAAAUUUCCAUAUUGGGUUCACUAAGUCCUGAUUCCAUGUUUGAUAGUGUUCCAAGUUUGAUUAUAUGCAGACUCAACCUUGAGGACAUUAGAAAUAUAGAUGGUUUUGUAUCCAAAUGCAGACGGUAAUGGGAUUACUGUUCUGGGAUUGCAUACCCCUCCUAAGUCCCCAUCAUUCCUAUAACCACCACUUCCCAUGAGCUCCACCGGGACUGGGGGUGGUAGUGAAUGGCAGGAGUUCUGCGUCUAAGGCAGUCUUCCAGCCUCACCUCCUUGGCUGUCAGCUCCAUCCAAGACAGACUGCUAUCACCUGCCAGUCUAUGCCUUCUCUUUACCCCCUCACAAGGCAGAUCACCCUUCCCCACUCCCUGACACUGGCCUGCCGGGCCUUUCUCAUUGUCCCACCCUGCUGCCCUGAUCCAUGGCUGCCGUAGGUCUUGUUUUCUAGACCUAACUGUGGGAAAUCCAGGCAUCCUCCCAGAGCCAGCUGGCUGCUGUGCCAAGGCCUGUUCAGAGUUAAUAAUAAUCAUUAGCUGAAUGGUGCUGGGGCCUUUCAGCUCCAGAUCUCUAAGCACUUGCAGGCUGAGUCAGCCAGCCCUCACCUUCCCCCUCUUCUUGGGCUACAGGAUGUAACAGAAUGGGAAGGCACUGUGGGAGAGGAGGGAGUUAGGCGUCUUGCCUCCUAGCUGUACCUUGAGGCUUCUCUCCUCUGGAGCAGCACUGAGUCUGCUCAGUAAACUAGGAAGGCCCAAGCUCCUGACAAAGGUCAGUAUAUGUCAUAAGCAGUGUAUGCUUAGCUGAGACUGGUGGUGGCAGUGCUGAGGACCCUGAACCUCUAGUACUCCUACCCUUCUGUUUUCCCUGCUUGGCCUCCAUGGGACCCCGGGUCUGGAUACCCCAACUGCAGCUUUUCUGGUGCCUCUCUGCAAGCUUAGGGAGCAGGGAGGCUUGUGGUUCAGUGCCCCUGAUGCUCCUGUGUCUGGCUGGCAUAAAGAGUCUGUGUGUCAUGAAACAAAAGGUGCAUUGGCCUGGGAGCUGGGAAAGCUGCUGUAUGGGUUAACUCAGCCCCUAAUACUGGUGUGGCUGUGGGUAAAUCACUUGCUACUUGACCUGCCUCACAAGGAUGUUGAGAAAAUGAAUGUUAACAGUCAUUGGAAAGUUCAAAGUGUUAAACAAAUGUAAACAGGUGGUAUUACUAUGUUCUUGUCCUUUUCUCUUUUCACUAAGCCUGGCUCUGGUCCUUAUCGCUUCCUAGGGAGGCUGUUAACCGUUGCAGAUAAUUAUGCUUGGGGGACCCAAGUCUCAGAGAGGUUGUGCUGACCACUGUAAGAGCACACGGACACAUUUCUUCCUUCUAGCUCUUACCCACUACUGCCAGAAAUGCCUCCAAGGCCAUGACUUGUGAGCUUUGCCCUAAGUGGGGCUGACUGCAAAUCUGUAUGUCAGUAUAAUUGCCCCCUGGGUUUAACUAGAAGUGCUUAGAGCUGGUCUUACUCAGGAGCUGCUGGUCACAAGUCUAUCUAAAUCUUUACUUCCUAUUUCUGCCCUUCAGAGGGAAAAGUGGGCACACAAGCCAGUAAGAGGAGGAGCAGUAGUAGUGAACACCAUGCUGCUACCCUAACACUCUGUAGCCUCAGGCCCUCAUGCUAGACACUGAGGAUAUAGAACUGUAAGGGACAUGGCUUCAGGGGCCGGUGGUUUGGUUUCCCUUCUGUUUCAGGUUCUACAAGCAGGAUCAUGGUAUCCUCCUCCUCAGAAUGCUUUAUUGGAAUCAACACACACACGCAGCAUGAAAGCAGUUCUGUUUAAAUUUUAAAUUAGAGGAAGGAUACUUUUCCAUUUCAUUUGUCUGAGAACAGCAGCAAUCUGCCUGGAGUGGAUACAGAGACACAGGAGCAACAGCAUCAUGAAGGCUCGAAUAUUUGUUUUUUAUCUGGAUUGUUUUUUUCUGUCUUGGGAUCCAAGAAUGAAAUACUAGUCAGGCAUUGAGGGCAUUCGCCUCAGCCAUUCUCUCCAGCACAGGCAUAAAGAAGACAAAAGCUGAAGAGUGGGAAGGUUAUGCCCCAGAAUUACCCCUGAGGGUGAUUGAAGAAGUUUCAGCAUUGAACUAUGCUAAAGCAGACACAAAUUACCUCCAGUGGGACAACUCCCCACCACCAUCCAGAAGGCUCGGCUAAUCACCAAGGUGGUCAGAGAAUAACAGUCCAUUUCUAAUCCACCUGCUGUUGUUAGGAUUUCCCAGAUGAGUUUUGUUUUCAGUUUUUUUGCAGUGCUGGGGAUUGAACACAGGGCCACAUACAUGCUAAAUGAGCAUGCUACCACUAGUCUACACCCACGCCCCCCAGAUGAGUUUCUAACCUCUCUUAGAAGGAGAUUAAGGAACCACUUCAGGCUAUUCUGUGGUAUCAGAGGAGUCAACCCUUGUCUCAUGGAGUGUACAUGUACGGCCCCCUAAUGCUCCUAUCUUGAAAGCAGAUUCCCAGUUUCCUCACAGUGUUUUUUGUUUGUUUGUUUAUUUGUUUGGUACUAGGGAUUGAACCCAGGGCCACUUAACCCCUGAGUCACACCCCCAUCCCUUUUUAAAAAUAUUUUAUUUAGAGACAGGGUCUCACUG